CGCCCGGAACAGCUCACGGGUUCGGCUCUUCCUGACGUGGCGAGCCGCUAAAGGUCCGCAUGUUUCUCCGUGGGCUGCGGCGAUUGGGCAGACUACCUGCUUGGCACUUUUGACGAAAUAUUUAAAUAAACAGGUGGCAACGACAUGGGCGAGAAUGUGGUUUAUGUAAAUAAAACAGAAGUGAAAGAGCGUCAAUCUGUUUCCGUCUCUCAGACGCAAUGUUUGGCAGAUAGUUGGAGAGAAAAGGCUUUGGAUUUUAAUACGAGGUGCCAGCUGCGCGGCCAUGCCUCAUCUCACGGCCACGGCGGUGCUGCAGCUCGUGCUGCUGCUCUCCGCUGUGCCCGCGCAGUACUUCAUCUCCCGCUGGAGCGGCUCCACGGUGGCGCAGCGCUACCACGCGAGCACACGGUUGCUUAGAAUUUGGAAAGAUUGGAGAACAUCUCACCUCAACUUCACUGCAUGGAUGGACUGGGCAGACCAGCAGAUGUCCAAAGUCAAGUCUUUGAUUGACUUCGGACAGGAAGUGCCACAAGAGUCGCUUGCCAUAGAGGCCAUGGUUUUUGACAACGACCAGGAAUUCUUUGGAGCAUCCAAGAAAGUGCGCAGCCCUCGUCCUCCGUACGUGUUUCUGCGUGUUGGAGAGGUGGUGAUGGAGAGGAAGGGCCAUAUGGUUGGGGUGGUGGUGAGCUGGGACUCUGAGCUGCGAGCCCCUCCACAGUGGGUCGACAGAGUGUAUUCCAGCUCUGAGGGUCCCAAAGCAGAGAAGACGCCUCAUUAUAAAGUACUGUUCAGCGGGCCUGGACCCUCCUCUGUGUUCGUUGGAUACUUGCCUCAGACACAACUGGAUCGCAUCACUGGGAUGAGGCCGGACAUUCCCACCUUGGAGAAUUACUUCACGCAUUUUGAUGGGGAGCGGUUCGUCAUGCAGCCCUGGCUUAGAGAGCUCUUCCCUGAGGAUGGGACUGAGGACGCCUGACUGUUCAGCUGUGUGUGUGUGUGUGUGUGUGUGAGAUCAUACAGGUGACAUGAGAUAGGCAAUGUUAAAAACACCAGAGGAAACGUGGCUAUCCCUUCUGUGUGUUUUCUGACUUUUUAAAGGCGUCUAAUAAGAGACAAUUCUUAAGUGCUUUAUUUGUCUAAGAAAUCUACUGGAAUCUAUCAGUCUUUGUCGAAAUGACUGGAAGCCCAAGUUUGGAGCAGAUUGAGGAUAAUUAUCAAAUCCCUCCUUGCUUGAUCUCGAUGUGAGGGUGUCUUUUGCAGAUUUGGAAUAACCCUGGGACUCACUUAUGACAUGUUGUUACAGUAUGUACCUUUAUUACUUUGAAGUGUACAAAUAUAAAGUGUUUUAAAUUGAUGUGCCAAAAAAAAAUAGAGCUGAAAACAUUUAAUUUAAUGUUUGCUUGAUUUUAAGUUAAAUGAUAACAGUAAAUGCUUGAAAUUACAAAAUUGCUAUUUUUUUUUGUCUUUUUUUCUGUUUACAAGACUGUUGGCUGAGAUAGAAAAAUAAUCUUGAAAAACUGCACUUUUAUACAGCCAUCACGACCAAUAAAAUACGUUAAACUGU